AUGGCCCCUGAAGACAACUAUGAUAACGUAACUCUUUCUGGUUACCCCACCAUCAGAGACGUGCUUGACGACUAUGAUGAUUACUUCAACUUCACCUCUGCUGGCGAUGAGUAUCUGUUCACUCCAUGUUUCGAUGGCGACGAUGACAGCACCCUGGCAGGCUGGCAGACGGUGUUUUACAUUCUGGUCUUCCUGCUGGGCAUUAUGGGUAACUCCCUGGUCGUCGCCACAUUUGCCCGCUACUGGCGUACCCGUCUGCGCAGCCUGACGGACGCCUUCCUCCUCCACCUGGCGCUGUCAGACCUGCAGCUGCUGCUCACGCUGCCCCUGCAGGCCUGGGAGGCACUGCGUGGUGAGUGGCCGUUAAGUGGCGCCCUUUGCAAGCUCACCAAGGGCCUGUGGUCGGUGAACACCUACAGCGGCCUGCUCCUGCUAGCCUGCAUUAGCGCCGAGCGCUACUCCGUCGUGGUGCACCGCUCGGGGGCAUCGCGUCGGGGGAAGAGCGGUGGUGUGUGCUGCCAUCGUCCCAUGAGGCUACAGGCCGUGGCAGCUUGCCUGAGCGUGGCGCUGGCCGCCGUUGCGUUGAGUGUUCCCGACUUCAUGUUCUCCGAGGUGGAGCUGAACAGCAGGAUGUGUGGGCUCAACGUGUGGGUCAAGGGUGCCGCCCCGCAUGUCAAGAUGAUGCUGAGCGGCUCCAUGAUCGCCGGCUUCUGCGUGCCCUUCGCCGUCAUGGCGACCUGCUACACGGCCAUCGGCCGGGUCCUGGCGCAGGGUCACAAGCAGGCCCACAGCCGCGGGCACGGGCAGAGUUGGCGUCGGCAGAGGACCCUCCGCCUCAUGGUGGCGCUGGUGCUUCUCUUCCUGCUCUUUCAGUUGCCCUAUACGCUGGUCCUGGGGCUGAAGCUGGCAGUCAGCUGGCGUUCCUGCGCACUCCUGCUGGGGGAGAGCGUCACCCGCAGCCUGGCAUACACGCGGUGCUGCCUCAACCCCAUCCUCUACGCGCUGGUGGGCGUGCGCUUCCGUAACGACGUGCUGCGGCUGCUGCGGGACGCCGGCUGCCUCUGCCUCUCGCCGCUGCUGACCCCUGACCCCGACAGCGGCAGCUCGGUCUCGCCACCCCCCACCAUGUCCAUGCAGCUGUCCCCGAAGUCACCCACACCCCUCCUGACGCCGCUCAAUAUUGCCACGCCAACCUGCCAACGCAAAGUGUUUGUGUAUCCGCCCCUUUCAUCUCAUCACACCUGACAGAGUCAAAUCCACAAACUAUCUCGGAACCGACCCUACAUAGAAGAAGCUCACUCCCAACCAAUCGCUCAUACUCCGAACAUACCCAAUAAAAGGUCUGUAA